UUUUGCUCCACAGAAAACAAAGAAGAGAAUGCAAGAAAGCUCACCCGGAGCCCUCUUCUUCGAGGCUUCCUGCCUUACUUUACGAUCUUCAACUCUGUGUAGCUACAAUAUCCGUUUCCCAUAAGUGAAUUGAUUGUAGCAAACCGAAAUCCACCCAUCUCCAAUUGCCAUCGUGCUAAAUCUCACAUGUGGAUCUAGGGAUUCUUCU